ACACUGAGUAGCCUAGCUAGAGUUACCAUUGCCAUACCGAUAGGGCAAUAGAUUCGGCACAUGUCGACACCAAGAAAGGACGCACAGAACGCUUUGGGUAUUCCAAUGUCAUUUGCCCAUUUGGUGGGAUUUACGCAUUUGUGAAUUUUGUUUUAUUUAUUUAUUUUUCUUUAGCCUAGUCUAGCUGGUAGAUCUGACUAUUGCUUAACACAGCUCCCCGGCUAUGGUUGAACUUUUUUCUUGGAAUUUAUUGUUGCGCCUUAUUCCAAUGUAUUAGAAUUUUAUAGCGUAGAAAUCCCGCCUAUAACAAUAAAUGAAAGUUCGCAUCCUUUGACGAAACUGAUACGACAGAACUUCGUCACAAGCAAGAGGACACCAACGCUGGAUUGCGACUUCAGUUUGUCUUGGAGUUUUGGAGGAGGAAGUCGCUGGAGGUUGAAGAGCUUUCAAAAUGAGCAGCUACAAAAACAAGAUGGAGGACGAGGCCGUGCUGGACCGGGGAGCGUCCUUCCUCAAGCACGUCUGCGACGAGGAGGAGGUGGAAGGUCACCACACCGUCUACAUCGGCGUGCGCGUGCCCAAGAGCUACAGGAGACGGAGACGCCACCGCAGGAGGCCGGGCCACAAGGACAAGAAAGAGAAGGCGUCGGAGUACGCCUCCGACAAGUCUGACACGGAGAACUAUGACGAGGUCGGGAGCAGCAUCCUCAAACCUCUCAUCUCCCCGGCGGCCGAGCGCAUCCGCUUCAUGCUGGGGGAGGACGACGACGGCCCCCCGCCCCCCCAGCUCUUCACCGAGCUGGACGAGCUGCUGUCCGUGGAUGGCCAGGAGAUGGAGUGGAAGGAAACGGCAAGGUGGAUCAAGUUUGAGGAGAAGGUGGAGAAGGGUGGAGAGCGGUGGAGCAAGCCCCACGUGGCCACGUUGUCCUUACACAGCCUGUUCGAGCUGCGGACGUGCAUAGAGAAAGGGACCAUCAUGCUGGACCUGGAGGCAUCGACGCUCCCCCAGGUUGUGGAGAUGAUCACUGACAGUCAGAUUGACAACGGUUUGCUGAAAGCCGACCUGAAGGACAAGGUGAUGUACACCUUGCUGCGCAAGCACAGGCACCAGACCAAGAAGUCGAACCUGCGGUCACUGGCCGACAUCGGCAAGACGGUCUCCAGUGCAAGUAGGCUGUUUUCCAACCAGGAUAAUGGCAGCCCAGCAACCACCCCUCGGAAUCUGACGUCCAGCAGCUUGAAUGACAUCUCUGACAAGCCUGAGAAAGAUCAGCUGAAGAACAAGUUCAUGAAGAAGCUGCCACGGGAUGCUGAGGCCUCCAACGUCCUGGUGGGGGAGGUGGACUUCCUGGACAGUCCCUUCGUAGCGUUCGUCCGUCUGCAGCAGGCGGUUAUGCUGGGGGCCCUGACAGAAGUCCCUGUUCCAACCAGAUUCCUGUUUAUCCUGUUGGGGCCCAAAGGCAAAGCCAAGUCCUACCAUGAAAUUGGAAGGGCGAUAGCCACCCUCAUGUCUGAUGAGGUCUUCCAUGACAUUGCUUACAAGGCCAAGGACCGACAGGAUCUCCUGGCCGGCAUCGACGAGUUCUUGGAUGAGGUCAUCGUCCUGCCCCCCGGUGAAUGGGAUCCCGCCAUCAGGAUAGAGCCCCCCAAAUCUCUGCCGUCGUCAGACAAACGAAAGAACAUGUACGCCGGAGGGGAUAACGCACAGAUGAACGGCGACACGCCCCACGACGGAGGGCACGGGGGAGGGGGGCACCAAGUGGGCGAUGAGCUAAAGAGGACGGGAAGGUUUUGCGGUGGCCUUAUACUUGACAUCAAAAGGAAGGCACCUUUUUUCGCCAGCGACUUUUACGACGCCAUACACAUCCAGUCCCUGUCAGCCAUUCUUUUCAUUUACCUGGGGACGGUGACCAAUGCCAUCACAUUCGGGGGUCUACUGGGGGAUGCCACAGAAAAUAUGCAGGGGGUGCUGGAGAGCUUCCUGGGCACGGCGAUUUCUGGAGCGGUCUUCUGUCUGCUAUCUGGUCAGCCCCUCACCAUCCUCAGCAGUACGGGGCCUGUGUUGGUCUUCGAAAGGCUGCUCUUCAACUUCAGCAGGGACAACUCGUUUGACUACUUGGAGUUCCGGUUGUGGAUCGGCCUGUGGUCGGCCUUCUUCUGCCUGGUCCUGGUGGCGACGGACGCCAGCUUCCUGGUGCAGUACUUCACCCGCUUUACGGAGGAAGGCUUCUCCUCGCUCAUCAGCUUCAUCUUCAUCUACGACGCCAUCAAGAAGAUGCUGAAGCUGGCCCACUACUACCCCAUUCACUCAGGCUUUAAGGUGGAGGACGUCACACAGAACGACUGCCUCUGCAUGGCCCCCACUGUAGACAAUAACUCAGGGCUUUACAGUGAUUCACUGGAAGACGGUACCACCACCUGGAUAAUUAACAAUACUAAUAUGCCCUUUAAUGCUACCUGGUCGUCGCUGUCAAAGUCGGAGUGUCUGAAGUACGGAGGAGAGCUGGUGGGAGAAGCCUGUAAAUACGUCCCUGACAUCACCCUGAUGUCCUUCAUCUUGUUCUUCGGCACCUACACCUGCUCCAUGUGUCUGAAGAAGUUCAAGACCAGUCCCUUCUUCCCCACGAGAGUGAGGAAACUCAUCAGUGACUUUGCCAUUAUCCUGGCCAUUUUGAUCUUCUGUGGUGUAGAUGCACUGGUGGGAGUGGACACGCCUAAACUCAUUGUGCCAAGUGAAUUCAAGCCAACGAGCCCGAACAGAGGCUGGUUUGUGCCCCCGUUCGGAGGCAACCCCUGGUGGGUGUACCUGGCGUCGGCUCUCCCGGCCCUCCUCGUCACCAUCCUGCUCUUCAUGGACCAGCAGAUCACCGCCGUCAUUGUCAACAGGAAGGAGCACAAGCUAAACAAAGGGGCGGGCUACCACCUGGACCUGUUCUGGGUGGCCGUCCUGAUGAUCCUUUGCUCCUUCAUGGGGCUUCCCUGGUACGUGGCGGCCACGGUCAUCUCCAUCGCCCACAUCGACAGCUUGAAGAUGGAGACGGAGACCUCGGCCCCCGGGGAGCAGCCCAAGUUUUUGGGAGUGAGGGAGCAGAGGGUCACUGGAGUCUUCGUGUUCCUCCUGACCGGACUGUCCGUCUUUAUGGCUCCAAUCCUCAAGUUCAUUCCGAUGCCUGUGCUGUAUGGAGUCUUCCUCUACAUGGGUGUGGCCUCCCUCAAUGGUGUACAGUUCAUGGACCGCCUCCAGCUGCUCCUGAUGCCGUCCAAGCACCAGCCAGACCUGGUCUACCUGCGUCACGUCCCCCUUCGAAAGGUCCACCUCUUUACCUUCAUCCAGGCCCUCUGCCUGGCCCUGCUCUGGGUGCUCAAAUCCACCGUGGCAGCCAUCAUCUUCCCUGUCAUGAUCUUGGCCCUGGUGGCGGUGAGGAAAGCCAUGGACUACCUCUUCUCACAGCGAGAUCUGAGCUUCCUUGACGACGUCAUUCCCGAGAAGGACAAGAAGAAGAAGGAGGACGAGAAGAAGAAGAAAAAGGCCAAGGGUAGCCCAGACAGCGAUGGAGAAGAUUCUGACUACCACUACAACGAAAAUGUCCCCAGCAUUAAAAUCCCCAUGGACAUGAUGGAGCAGGAACCCUUCUUAGGUGACAAACCCUCCGACAGAGAAAAGUCCCCCUCCCUCCUCGAACACCACACGUCGUGCUGAUCGGAUGCACUACUUCCAGGGUAACUCCUUGUCGAGUCCUGAGAGAAAUCCAUAUAAAUCUGUGCCUCAGAUUAGAAUAGACCUUGAGCCCGAAGACAACGGGUUCUUCUGGAGGAGUCGGGGUUCUGAGACGUCUCUCUGACCAGUAGAAGCCCCGCCUCUCCUGAUGAGCCAACCAAUCCUUGUGCAAACUCAAAAGACAUUCCUGUUCUUAUUUCUAUUCUCCUAUUCUCUAUGAAAAAUUCUUCCAGCGAUCAAAACUGAUGGGAUGCUUAUUUGAAAGUGAAUCACAUAGAUGGAAUAGUUCAAUUUUUUUUUUUUUGAAAUUGCAAAUUACAUUUUAAGAAUGCAAAACCUUGCUGUUUUUUUGUCAGGAUUAACUGGAAGAGAACGACGAUUUGUGCAAAGGGUUUGUUCCUACGUACAGUAGGUACUUUUCAAAUGGGAAGAAAUUUUAACUGUCAUUCCGAUUCCCAGAUCCCCCUCUCUGUUCCAGUACAGUACACAAUAGAAUGUGUUGUUUCACACUCCUAACUCCUUACUAUGCAAAAUGUAUCAUCUUCUGAAAAAAAAACAGUAAAAAUUAAGUAGCUGUUUGUCAUGCAUGACAGUGAGCCUAACCUGCCGUUUUUGCAUCUUCCUUAUCUGAACUUUUUAUUUAUUGUUUAAAAAUAAGAAAUUACUGUAAUUACAUUUUCCUGUAGCAGGAAAAUAAUACUUUGAUCGGUUUGUAGCUCUACCUCUUAUUUUUAGAUGCCAGGCAUUCUAUAUAAAUAUAAUAUUUUGAUUUUAUAAAGGGCACAGCAUGGAAUUUUAAUAUUGUUAAUAUUCUUUCUGUCUUUUAAGAGUUUCCCUGGAACAAAGUAUUCACAAGAUUAAAUGUAUUAAAAGAGAAAGCAAUAUCUGUAACAUAGAGAUAAUAUAAUUCAGAUUCAAUAUUAUAUGAUUUAUUAACUUUUACAUGAUGUUAUGGUCUAUGUUGAUAAUAUGCCAUUGAUACAGAUUUUUUAAUGUUUUUUUUUUUUAAUCAGUCAGGAUACAGUGUUGUCUUUUUCCUUGAACAAAAAGCAUAGGAUUUGUAUUGUGAAGCACUGGGUCAAGCACUCAGCAUUAAGUCCCCAGUAUUUGUGGGUUCACUGCUGUCUUGUGGUGUAAAAAAAGCUUGUUCGGCUGCCAUCUAUUUUCUUAUGAUUUGAACUUGCAGUGCUGUAUGCAUUUUGAAAGAUACAUUUUGAAAGAAUUUGUCAAGCAAACAAAUGAGUGAAUUCAUUUAUUUACAAUGAAUUUGCUAUGUACAUGAGUAUCUAAUGUCUAUAUCCCUUCAUAAGUAAACAAAGCAGUUCUAUUUGCACAGCUGGUCCCAAAAACUGGCAUGAAAUCCAAUAUUUCUCUCAGCCAAAAUGUUCUUGGGCAAAUAACUGCUAUUUCUGCACAAAAUGAUCUACCUAAGUGGCUUAAAAUUGUAUGUAACAGAAUGAUCCAGAAAGGUACCUCAUGAGGUCCUAAUGAGCAGUAGUCUUUACAAAAUAUAGCUUACGGAAUCUUCCAAAUGGGACAUUUUCUAUAACCAAUAGUGAACCACAAAUAUGUGAAAAACAGGUUUCUUAGACAUUUUGUUUCAGUUCAUGAGGCUUUUUUUUUUUUUUAAACAAAUGUUUAUUUAUAUGCUUGUUUAAUAAUUCCAAUGGUUUUUUCUUCCAGUUUCUAUUUAGCUGGGUUUUCUCCCUUGGGGAAAAAAGUAAUAUACUCUAUUUUCUGUGUCUAAGAAUGAAAUAUUAAUAACUUAUACUGAAAUGGGAAAAAAAGGUUUUCAGGAUUCUACUCAGGUUCUCUGAGACGUAAUAUGCAUGUCCUACUUUAUAUGGCCUGCAUGUGAUCCAGUAAAUCCUUGUUUCAGUGUAUUUUUAUGUAUAUCUUGUACAUUCAAGUAUGUUGGGUAAUUCCAAGAUGCUUGGUUUUUUUUGUUAUUUUUUUGUUAUUGUGAUUCAUUUUGAUUUCCCCCCUAAACCAAUGUACUUUAGCACUGCCCAAUUAAGCAUUCUCUGUUUUUAAGCUUAAAAAUAUUUUUUAACUUAUGGUUUGGGAUGGGUAGUUAGUUUAAACAGAAUCAAAUUCAUUAUAUCAGCAUGUCGGACAAAUUCUAAAAUGAAAUUAACCGUAUGAAACGUGAGGUUAAUUCUAGUGUAUUAAAGACUGAUGUUUUUUCAUCGAUUUUUAUUGUGAAUUUUUAGAAUAAACAAAAACAUACACAUGUGAAAUGAUUUAUUUUAGAAUUUAUAUUUUUCAAAUGAAGUGUAUAUUAAAAUAAACUGAAUUUACGCGACUUGAA